CCGAUUUUUGUAGACGUUGCCAAAUUUAGAUAUUAUUAGAGUUUUUGGUGAGCGCGUGUCUGCAGGUAAUAGAAAGUUAUGGCAGAGCAGGAAGCCAAGAAGCUGGAAGCCGAAUCGCCUGUCGCUCCGGCACCGGCGGAGGCUAAAAGUGAUGUAGCGCAUGACAAAGCUACGGUUCCCACACCUGAAGAGAAGCCUGAUGAUUCCAAAGCUCUCGCUGUAGUUGAAAAGGUACCAGAAUCUGGUCCAAAGAAGACUUCAGGGGGAUCACUUGACCGAGACAUUGCUCUUGCAGAGGUUGAAAAGGAAAAGAGAAAUUCCUUUAUCAAGGCAUGGGAAGAUAGUGAGAAAUCUAAAGCUGAGAAUAAGGCUCAGAAAAAGCUCUCUUCUGUUACUGCAUGGGAGAACAGCAAGAAGGCAGCACUUGAAGCUAAAUUGAGAAAGAUCGAGGAACAAUUGGAAAAGAAAAAGGCAGAAUACGCAGAGAAAAUGAAAAACAAAGUAGCUUUGGUUCAUAAACAGGCUGAAGAAAAGAGAGCAAUGGUUGAAGCCCAACGAGGUGAAGAAGUGCUAAAGGCAGAGGAAAUGGCUGCAAAAUACCGUGCUACUGGGCAAACACCAAAGAAACUCCUUGGUUGCUUCUAAGGUUUCAAGUUCUGUGCCUGGUAUAGGAUGCAGCAAGCGGAAUCUGGCUGCUCUUGCUUGGCACAGCUUUUAUUUAUUCUUUAUGCGGCUCUGGCUCUGUUUUUGUCUGUAUAAUUUUUUUCUUGCUUGUUUCCUUCCAUUAGUUUAAUCUCUUUGAACACUGAAAAAUUGAUCCAUUACCAAGUUUGUGUAUGUAUAGGAAUGCAAUGUUUUUAUCUAUGAGCGAAAAGUUGAGUUUUAUUUCA